UCGGCUCAGUCGACGAGGCGUAGCGCCCGACAGCAGCAGUGUGAGAGAGAGGAGUCGCAGUCGUAGUCGUUUCGAGAGCUGUUGUGCAGUCGCGUCACGCCGCGCCGCGUACCGUGGAGCCGGAUCGGGUCGGAGGGCGCGGAGAGCGAACGCGGAGUCUUACAACGCAUGAGCCACGGCGACCCCAGCCGUGCCGUGCGUCGGUUUCGUCUGGCGCGCUAGUGCGCGUGAGCGGGACAGCGACCCGGACAGCGCGCUGGGAGGCGGAGGGUGGCUCGCCCGCGCGGCGGCCCCCCGCUACAUGGCCACCACGACCUACCUGCCCGCUAGCACGGGGCUCGCGCAGGACAUCGACGGCGGCGGAGCGUCAUCGGGGGCUAUGAACAUCGCCGGAGGGUACCAUAGCUCGUCCCCGCGCUCCGGCGACAGCGGAGGCGGCGGGGGCGGCGGAGGCGGCGCCGCCGAGGUCAAGUACCUGCCGCCGCACCAGCAGCACCACCACCAGCAGCAGCAGCAACAGCAGCAGCAUCACGCCGUAGCCAGCUCGCCGUCGCCCACGCUGUCGCACAACCCUUGGGCGAGCCUGGGUCCCGCGCCCGGACCGGGCCCCGGCCCCGGGCAGGACCCAUGGGGAGGCAUGGUGGCGCACCACCAUCACCACCACCACCACCAUCAGCCGGAUAUCAAGCCGCCGCCCACGCAGCAGCAGCAACAGCAGCAGCAGCAGCAGAUGUCGUGGCACGCACCCGUCGUGUCCGCGGCCGCGGCGCAGUACUUGGCCCAGAGCGGGGGCGGCGCGGGCGGCGGAGGCGGUGGCGGUGGAGGCGGCGGCGGCGGCUCCGGGUCACCCCUGCAACACCACUACCACGCCGCCAUGAACGGCAUGCUGCACCCGCAACAACUCCACUCGCUACGCGAAAUGCAGAACCACAGCCCGGUGGCGGUUGGGCUGCACCACCACGUAAUGGGCCACCACGGCGGCCACCACCUGCACCACCCGGCGGCGGCGCACCACGUCACGCACCACGCGACGCACCACGCGCCGCACCACCUGCACCACUCGGUGGGCGGCGGCCACCACGGGGACCCGCGCGCCGGCAGCGGGCCCGGGGGCGGCGGGCCGGGUGACCCGGGCCCCGGGGGCGGCGGCGGGCCCGGCGACGAGGACACGCCCACCUCCGACGACCUGGAGGCGUUCGCCAAGCAGUUCAAGCAGCGCCGCAUCAAGCUGGGCUUCACGCAGGCCGACGUGGGCCUCGCGCUCGGCACGCUCUACGGCAACGUCUUCUCGCAGACCACCAUCUGCCGCUUCGAGGCGCUGCAGCUCAGCUUCAAGAACAUGUGCAAGCUCAAGCCGUUGCUGCAGAAGUGGCUCGAGGAGGCCGACUCGACGACCGGCUCGCCCACGUCUAUCGACAAGAUCGCGGCGCAGGGCCGCAAGCGCAAGAAGCGUACGUCCAUCGAGGUGUCGGUGAAGGGCGCUCUCGAGCAGCAUUUCCACAAGCAGCCCAAGCCGUCGGCGCAGGAGAUCACGGCGCUCGCGGACUCGCUGCAACUCGAGAAGGAGGUGGUGCGCGUGUGGUUCUGCAAUCGGCGCCAGAAGGAGAAGCGCAUGACGCCGCCCAACACGCUGGGAGAGGGCGGCAUGAUGGAGGCGGGCGGCCCCGGGGGCGGAGGGCCGGGCGGGCUGCCGCCGCCCCCGCACGGCCACUACGGAGGACCCGGCGGGCCACCCCCGGGCCAGCCGGCCGACCUGUCGCCCAUGGGCCCGCAGCAGCACGGCCACUCGCACAGCCCGCCCAUGCUGUCGCCGCAGGCCAUGCCGACGCACCAGAGCCUCGCGGCCCACUAGCACAUCGCCUAAGGCCGGCUCUUCCGGCACGCCUACUACUGGCCGUAGGCGCGCCGGAGCUCCUGCCCGCAAGCAAGCACCCCCGGCGGACGCGUCCGCCACCAACCGGCCAGGCCCAGCGAACCGGACUGACGCCGCGACUCGCUAGCACGGACUACUUGCCCCCCCUCUGCACAUAACCCAGUGUACAUACUAAUCCUAGUUGGAGAAUCUAUAUACAUAAAUAUAUAUUAUAUAUAUUAUACGCGCGAUGUGGACACGGCCGCGUGGUGCGGAGCGGCACACAAGCCUAACACACACGAGUGUACGAUGUUCCAAUAUUUGUAUAUUCAGGAUCUUAAAACAAAACAAAAAAAUUACGAAUGUAUAAAUAUAUUUGCGACAGAGCUCUUUUUUAAACAAACGAACAGACACUGGUGAGGGGUGAGGACGGACGGACGCAGACGACCACCCGCGCGCUCGCGACCCCUCGGCAGCUGCAGCAGACCCGCGAGCGUCCACCGGCAGCGCAGCGACGACGCCCUGCGUCGCCGACCCCCUCGACGCCAGGGACUUCUCGCCGCGUCGCCACGGCGUCCUUCCCCCACGUCGACCAAGGUAGGAACCAAACCAGAGGCCGACGAGUGUCUACCCGUGUGAGUGUGCACAGCGUCAAGAACCGCUGGGAGAAAAGAAAAACAAAACAAUUAGUGCAGCGGUUAUUCUGUUGUUUUUUUAAUGAAAAAGGAAAAAAUCAAAAGGUGUAAACCGUAAAAAAUACUAAAACAGCGAAAAACCAGCCAAAUAAACAUGAAUGGUGUUGUUCUUUUGCAGGAAAUAAAUGAUAAACCGGUGAAAUAAUUAUACGUACCUACAAUAGUGUCCUAUUUGCACGUGUUGUUUCCUUUUACAUGAUUAAUAACAAACAAACAAAAAAAGUUACGGUGAAUAUUUUUACUACCCGGAAAGUACACGAAUCUCGCGAAGUAAUGAGUGUAAUAAACGUAGACGACGAAGGCGUCAAGCUAGAGUGUUUUUUGCGGUUGUUUAGUUUUUAGCUUUUGUUUCCCUCGUAGGGUUGCACUGAAUGAUCGUUUUUCUUUUCUUUCUUCCUACGUCGAAUAUACAAAAAUAAAUAGCAGAGCCUGCGAUGUCGGUAGCACGGAUUUGAGAUAUGAAUCUCUGAGCUCCACAAGAAAUGAGUUUGUGUCUCUUACCGGACCCCAUAAAAAAUAAUUGCGUUUCUCGUCGUUAGGCCUAAACUCGAGAGACUUGAAGUCAUCUCAGAAUGCGAGACGUCCCACGGUUUCUUCGUUUUAGGAGCUACCGUUCUCGCUUGCUAGGAAGAGAGUAAUAAUAUCGGAGUAUUAAAAGUAAGAAUAAGGAAUCGAUGUUUAUGAAUCCGGUGAUCGAUCUCCAAAAUUCAUCCCCACAACAAACAUUUCUGUAAGACCGCCUCUCAUGCAGUCUUCUACAUACAAUGUGACCGUAACUAGUUUACUUCUUACUUCCUUAAACUUAAAAUUAGACACACGCGCUUUCAGAUGAAAUUCAUGCGCAGGCGCUUUCUGCUACAAAAGCCUACAUCCCGUUCGGGAGUUUACGCGCUCAUCUUCCCUGCUACUGUGCAUACGCAGUUUCUCUAAGUGCUACCAGAUCGAUUUUCUUUUGUUUGUUGUCGAGCAAUAAACGUGAGCAAUCCCUACGGAGUCCAUAACGAGCUACUAGUCCCUAACUACGUCAUAUACACAAAUGUGUAGCUAGCUCUAACCUUCGUUUCCGAGUUUUUACUUUGCCGUGCUCGGGAAAAGAUGGCAAUGAUGGUGUGUUCGAAUGACUGUACUGGAAUUGUGUUCAAAGAGCAGUCCCGAACAAGUAUUUUAAGAAACAAAGAAAAAAGAAACAAGCAGAGACCCAUAUAUCUUUUACACGAAUUGGUACCGCACCGGAAUUUUUUGUGAAACAAAAAUAUUACAACAUUUGAGUGCUCAAAUUACCGUUGCUUUUGUCUAUAAUAAAAGGAAUAACGAAGUUACUCGAUCUUUACCUUCCAGCUGACAUCAAAGCGGAAGAACGAGUAGUCUUGUUUAUGCAACACAACCUGGCUAUACAAAUUAUUAAUUUCCUGUACAUAGCCGGUAGAUGCCAGAAUACACUGAUUGCAUGUAAACUAGAACGAGCCGUCUCAUCUUUGUUACUCAGUUGAUUGUAUAUUUUAUUUUUGUUUGUUUCUUAAUUCCUUUCUUUGGAAGUAAAACUGAAGAUGGAUCAACAUCUUAUUAUAUUAAAAUUAAAAAUAAUAGCCUAUUAUGAUAUACAACUUUUCUGUAAGUAGACCGAAAUAUUUCCUAUUGUAUACUGUCCUUGACUCAAGAACACAGAACGAAUCGUCAAUAAAUUACAAGUGGCAAGUGUUUGUCAUAUGAAAAGAAAA